ACCGGUAUCCUGACAUCAACUGCGUCGGGGCAAUACCGCGUUAGUGGCAUACCGCGUUUGCUUUUAUCGAGGAAUAGGUACUCCUGACGAAGGCCACAACGUAGGAGUCUUCAGUGAUUCCGGAAUCUCCGGAGCCUAAAAAUGGUUGCUUUCUGCGCGCGCAAGGCUGGGCAACUAGGUCUAAACGAAACUGAGCGAGCCUCAAAGGUUGGAUUAUUGUGCGAGGGGGGGAGAGAGCGACGGUAAUGCCACAUUAUGCUGAGUCAGCGGAAGAGUCUAGACUGCGGUAAGAGGAGAGCGGUGUAGCCGCCUAAAUUAGUUCAGGAAGCUAAGCGGGUGCUGUGCAAGAGGGGAGUGAGAGUGGGGAGAGAAGAGAGGACUUCAAGCCGCCUAGGAAACUUAGCAUGAUCGCGUUACCAGAAUCGCCCUGUAAAUAGUGACUGUUGGCGGUUUUAGGUCACGGCUCGAGGUCUCUCACGACAAGCACCUACACUUUGGGUCGUACACUUCGGUUUUUUAGGAGUACUGGGUCCACCAAGCCACACACACGUACCCUCGCUAUCGCAAUGUUCCCACUUCGCGAUCUCCAGUACCUCCUAGAACCGUCGUCCCUCGCGCUCGUGGCGACCGCCCUCUCCGUCGUCCUCCUCUCCGCCUUCCGCGCUCUCAUUCACGACCGCGAGUCGGAGCGCCAUCGCGACAUGUCCGCGUCGGCCAUAACCCUAGACACCAACCGCGCGCUGCUGCUGCCAUUGGCCAGUUCCGUGUCUCUCCUGCUCAUGUUUUACCUGUUCGCGACGGUUUCGCAGCUGGUUACCGCGUUCGCCGCUGUCGCGUCGGCGUCUGCGACCUGCUUCGCGCUGUCCCCGUUAGUGGCGUGGCUGAAUACCUCCCUGGGGCUGCAGGAUCCGCUGAUUACUGUAUAUUUCCCGUCGUUCUCGUUAUGGAGUGGCCAACACGGCAACAGCAACAACAGUAACAGCAGCAGCAGUAACAGCAGCAGCAGCAACACCAGCAGCAACAGCAACAGCAGCAGCAGUGGCAGCAGAAGGGGUGAGGGUGGGGGUAGCAGUGGCGGCACAUUGCUAGGUGAAGGAAUGAGAGGGAGAGAAAGCAGAAGCAGUACCAACAUCAACAGCAGCAGCAACAGCAGCGAUGGACACAACAGGAGUGUGAGCCGAAACAACUCUGCUAGUGGCAAAACUAACACCAGCACCACCACCAGCACCACCACCACCAGCACCAGCACCAGCACCAGCACCAGCAGCAGCAGCGCUUAUAUUACCGCAGGGGAGGGGGGCAGUACGGUAUUGGGAGCGGUGACUCGAAUGCAGCUGGUACUGGGGGUGCUGAGUGGAGCGCUGGUGCUGUGCUGGCUGGUGUCGGGCCACUGGCUGCUGAACAACGCUCUUGGCACGGCCAUAUGCGUUGCGUUUGUCAGUCACGUGCGAUUACCCAAUGUCAAGGUCUCUGCACUUCUCCUGGCGUGCCUCUUCGCCUACGACAUCUUCUGGGUCUUCUUCUCUCACGCUUCUUCGGCGCCAAUGUGAUGGUGUCAGUGGCAACGCAGCAAGCCCACAACCCCGCGCACACCGUCGCCCAGUCGCUGCGCCUGCCCACUGCAGUAUCGGGGUCGAUAGUGAGGGAGAUCGAGCUGCCCGUCAAGCUGCUCUUCCCUCGGGAUUUGUUCGGAGAGCUGAAGUUUUGGGGGGGACGGAGUGGAGGGAGAGCACGAGACUUCAUGGUGCUCGGCCUUGGCGACAUGGCUAUACCAGGCAUGCUGCUAGCCCUUGUUCUGUGCGUCGACCAGCACAAGAGGCGGCAGCAGCAGGAGGAAGAGCAGGAGAGGGAGAUGGAAGCACUAGAGGCAGCCACGGGAGGGGAGGAGCAGCACCAGGAGUUGCAGGAGAGUUCUCAGAAGCACUUUCAAAAGCAUACUCAGCAGCACUUGGAUCGGCCACUCCUGGAGUCUUCUACCUCAGGCCCCCCAGUAUCAGCCUCUCGGCACAAGUCAGCUCAAGACAACGUGUGUGUUGAAAGGGGUAUGGCCCGUGGGAGAGGCCAGCUGAGCUACGUGUGGGUGGCAGCAGCGGGGUAUACAGUGGGGCUUGUGGCUGCUCUGGCUGCUGGCGUGCUCACAAGGUCGCCACAGCCUGCUCUGCUAUACCUGGUAGGUUAAUUGGUGUGCCUGGGGCAAUGCGAAUAGGUCCUGCAUGGAGAGUGCAGCUGAGCUAUGUGUGGGUGGCGGCAGUGGGGUAUGCUGUGAGGCUGGUGGCUGCUCUAGCUGCUGGCAUCUUGACGAGGUCGCCGCAACCUGCCCUGCUGUACCUGGUAGGUUGAGUUGCUGCGUGUGGCAUGUCUGCUGGGGUUGGUGUGGCACCUGCUGUAAGCACAAGUCGGCCGGGGCCGGUGUGUCUGGGAGAAGGCUGAUGGGGGAAGCGUGAGAAAGGCCAGCUGAGCUUUGUGUGGGUGGCAGCAGUGGGGUAUACUGUGGGGUUUGUGGCUGCCCUGGCUGCUGGCGUGCUCACCAGAUCACCGCAACCCGCUCUGCUGUACCUGGUAGGUUAAUUUGUUGUGGUAAUUUCGCUUUGAGACGUCUCAACACGAAAUUACCAACACAAGGUCGCCACAACCUGCCGUGCCGUACCUCGUAUGCUGCUUCGCUGUGGUGGGUAUGCAUGCUGGCCAUUUGGUUUUAUGCCUCAAUUGUAAACGCAGUUCCAUUCCCAAGUAGGGUGUACUGUGAGGCUUGUGCUUGACCUGGCGCUGCCUGCUGUUGUGCGGCUUACCACAAGGUCGCCACACCCGUCCUGCGCUACCUGACCUGUUGUGCUGAUGUGUUGCCUAUGGUUUAUGUGCCACAAGGUCGACUCAAAAGUCAGCUUGAGUCGACUCAAAAGUCACCUUGAGUCGACUCAAAAGUCACCUGUGUCGCUGGUGGCAUGAAGAUUUUUGAGUCGACUCAGAAGUCACCUUGAGUUGACUCAAAAGUCACCUCGAGUCCACUCAAAAGUCACCUCGAGUCGACUCAAAAGUCACCUUGAGUCAACUCAAAAGUCACCUCGAGUCGACUCAAAAGUAACCUUGAGUCGACUCAAAAGUCACCUUGAGUCGACUCAAAAGUCACCUUGAGUCGACUCAUAAGUCACCUGUGUCGCUGAUGGCGUGGAGAAGAGGCGAGCCGGGAGGUUGGACUCCUUGUAAAGCAAUCUUAUUGC